GCAGGGAGCCGCGCCGGGGGCCUGCCUGCUGUGCCGGGGGUCGUGCCGCAGAGCUGCUGGCCCCAGGGGCGUCCCUGCCCAGGAGGCGUGUUCGGGGGUGGGGGCACGGCUCCCCGUGGCCGCCGAGGCCGGGGGUCCCCGGCGUCCCCGGGCGUUUGGCAGCGCUCCGCAGCGUGACCGGCAAACAGGAAGCCUCCUCCCUUCCCGUCCCCGGUGCUUUUGCCCCGUCAGCUCGGAUCGCGGGCAGCUGUGCCGCCUGGGCUGCGCUGCUGCCUCUCCCCACGGCUGUGGUCCCGCUGGGGGGCAGCCCCACACCGCCCCUCCUGCCCUGGGCUCCCCUCCCGGGGAUCACGGGAGCACGGUGAUGGGGCUGUGAGGCGCCAGGGGGAGGUGGCGGUUGUGGCUCGGCGGCCACCCACACGCUGGGCCGAGCCGGGGAUCCCGGCGCCGGGGGAUCUGUGUGCUGCCGGGGCUGGCCGCCAUCCCUGCCCAGCGCCCGCUGACCUGUCCCGCUGCCUCCCCAGAUGCCGUGAGCCGCGGCCAUGUCGGACGAGAAGCCGCCGCAGCUGGUGGACUACUUCGUGGUGGCGGGGCUGACGGACGCCUCGCAGCCCCUGGAGGAGGAGAGCCAGCAGCACCGCCCGGCGCGGCCCAGCGAGCCCAUCACGGACGUGGCCGUCAUCAUCCGCUCGCAAGGCGAGGAGGUGCCCCAUGGCUUCACCUGCAUCGAGACCACGACCUCCGGCCACCCCGUGGACCUCAAUGCCGGGCUGCUCAACAACCCUCAGAUGUACAUAUGCUACAAGCGGGGCCGGGACAAGCUGCCCCUCAUCGAGCUGGGGGUGCACUAUGAGGGGAAGGACCGCCCGAAGCCAGGCUACAAGAUCUUGGACACAACGCCCUACAGCCGCUCGGCCAACUUGAACUCGGGCGGGCCGGGCCACCAGCGCACCUUCCUGGUGUACCGGCGGGCGGCCGAGUCACAAGGCCACAACACGUUGGGUGUCACCGACAUCUGCCUCGUCAUGCCCAGCAAGGGCGAGAGCACCCCCCACACCUUCUGCCGGGUGGACAAGAACCUCAACACCAGCAUGUGGGGCCCCGCAUUGUUCCUGUGCUACAAGAUUGCAAUGGCCAAGGCCAACACGCUGGUGUAUGAAGCAGGGCUCCUGGGCCGCUACCCUGAGCAGGACAUUGAGUCUUUCCCUCUCCCUGAGUCGGUGCCCGUCUUCUGCCUGCCCAUGGGUGCCACCAUCGAGAGCUGGCCGGCGGACACCAAGUACCAGCUGCCUGUCUUCUCUACCUUUGUGUUGACCGGUGCCUCGGGCGACAAGGUGUACGGCGCGGCCAUCCAGUUCCACGAGGCCUACCCACGGGAGCGGCUCUCCGAGAAGCAGAGCCUGCGCCUGGGCCUGCUCAGCGUGGUGGACCGGCGCCCCAUCGCCAGCAAGUCUGUGCAGACCCGCAAGAGCAUCUGCGUCCUCUCCCACUGGCCCUUCUUCGACGUCUUCCGCAAGUUCCUCAUGUUUAUCUACCGCUAUUCCAUCUCGGGGCCCCACGUGCUGCCCCUGGAGACGCACAUCUCCCACUUCAUGCACAAUGUCCCCUUCCCGUCGCCGCAGCGGCCACGCAUCCUGGUGCAGAUGUCUCCAUACGAUAACCUGCUGCUCUGCCAGCCAGUGUCUUCCCCACUGCCGCUCAGCGGAGCCAGCUUCUUGACGCUGCUGCAGAACCUGGGCCCUGAGAACGCCGUGACGCUGCUCGUGGCUGUGCUCACGGAGCAGAAACUGCUCAUCCACUCGCUGCGCCCUGACGUGCUCACCAGUGUGGGUGAAGCCCUGGUCUCGAUGAUCUUCCCCCUGCGCUGGCAGUGCCCCUACAUCCCGCUGUGCCCGCUCACGCUGGCUGACGUGCUGUGUGCUCCCGUGCCCUUCAUUGUAGGCAUCCACUCCAGCUAUUUCGACCUCUACGACCCCCCAAAAGAUGUCAUCUUUGUUGACCUGGACACCAACACCAUCUUCCAGAGCGAGGAGCGGAAGCUGCUGUCGCCGCGGGCCCUGCCCCGCCGGCCCUGCAAGGUGCUGCUGGCCUCGCUGCACAGCCACUUCCAGCAGCUGGAUGAGAUGUACAACAAGCCGGUGGAGGAAGCCUCACUGGAGUUCCUGCUCACGGAUUACGACCUGGUGUAUGGUCGGCGCAAGCAGCUGGAGCUGGAGAUCCAGGCCUCCUUCCUGCGCUUCAUGGCCUGCUUGCUCAAAGGCUAUCGCUCCUACCUGCAGCCCAUCACCCAGGCCCCCUCGGAGAAGACCCGUGACUCCAGCAACCUCUUCUUCCUGCAGGGCUUUCUCAAGUCCCGGGAUCGGGCAUACCAGAGGUUUUAUGGGCAGCUGCUGCGCACGCAGCUCUUCACGCAGUUCAUCGAGGACUGCUCCUUUGCCAGCGACCGCUACACCUGCCUCGAGUUCUUCGACACCUGCGUGGACAAGGUGCAGGUGGACCUGGAGAAGCCGGAGGACGUUCCCCUGAUGGAGCUGGAUGACUCGCACGGGAGUGAGCACACUGUGUUCAUCAUGCCCCCUGAGGAGCCGACAGGCCCUGACGGUGCUGAGCUGCCCGCACGCUACUGCUACGAUGGGUUCCCCACCCUGCGCAUCGAUCUCCUCGAGCGCUCCCAGGACCAGCUCAUGGCCCAGCUCUGCCAGGCCAAGAGCAGUGCCCCCAGCAGCCCUGCCCCACGCAGGACUAAGCAGGAGAUGAAGGUGGCCCAGCGGGUGGCACAGAAAUACUCCUCGGUGCCCGACAUGUGGGCCAAAUGCCUGCUGGGGCACUGCUAUGGCCUGUGGUUCAUCUACCUGCCCACGUAUGUGCGUGCGGCCACCUCCAAGGUCCGGGCACUCCAGCUGGCCUAUGAGGUGCUCAAGAAGAUGGAGGCUCACAAAGUGGUGCUGCCGGAUGAGGUCUGCUACCGGAUCCUGAUGCAGCUGUGCGGGCAGUAUGGGGAGCCGGUGCUUUCGGUGCGCGUGCUGCUGGAGAUGAAACGCGCUGGCAUUGUGCCCAACACCAUCACCUAUGGCUACUACAACAAGGCGGUGCUGGAGAGCAAGUGGCCAACGAGCACGCAGGGCGGGCGCUUGCGCUGGGCCAAGCUCCGCAACGUGGUGCUGGGGGCGGCCCAGUUCCGGCAGCCCCUGCGGCAGCGGGAGAGGGAGCGCCGCGCCGCCACGCUGCCAGACGGACCAGCCCCCGCAGCCCCAGUGCCCCGGCCCCGGGCAAGCCUGCAGCGCCAGACCACCUGGGCAGGGCGCAGCCUGCGGGACAUCCCCCCGGCCCCCCAGCUCGUGAAGAGCGGCAGCCUCAGCUUCCCCCACAGCGAGGCCACCACGCUGGAAGCCGGCGUUGCCCACAUGAUCAAAGCUCUGGGCGUGCUGGAGCCCGGCGCGGACUCCCUGCCCGUGCUGCCCCCCUGGCUGCGAGGGCUGCGGGAUGCGGCACCCAGCUCCGAGGACGGGAGCCUGUCCGACGUCAGCUUCAUGACAGAUGAGAGCGACCGGCUGACGCUGGACAGUGCGGACGGGCAGCUGGGUGCCGAGGGCCAGGAGGGGCCGGCCGCACCAGGGGCCAAACCUUGCCGGCGGGACGAGAACCACAACAGCCUGGCAGGGAGCACGCCGCGCCGGGGGCUGGCGGCCAAACUGCAGCAGCUGCUGUCACCCGCCAAACGGCCCUCGCUGCGGCACACGGCCAGCAUGGAGCACCCCGGCAGCCUGCGGGAUGCCGGCUCCCUGCGCCGGGCUUCUGAGCAGCGGGAUAGGGAGCCUCCACCGCGCCGCAGCCCCAUGGAGACCCUGCUACAUCCCCGAGAGCGCCCCGAAUCCACCGCCUCCGAGAGCUCCGUCUCACUGGGCAGUGAGUUCGACCUGUCGGAUACGUCGCUCUGCAGUGUGGGCUUCCACAAAUCCUCUGACCCGCUGACUGAGGCCGUGGCCGGACAUGAGCCGCCCGCCGUGGAGGUCCUGCUGUCCAGCUGCUCACGGUGCCAGGGCUGCGACUCGUUGGUGUAUGACGAGGAGGUGAUGGCCGGCUGGACGUCCGAUGACUCCAACCUUAACACCACCUGCCCCUUCUGUGGCCGCUCCUUCGUGCCCUUCCUCAGCAUUGAGAUCCAGGACUUCCAGCAGCUGAGUGUCCCUGCGGACGGCUCCGUGCUGCCUCCUGCCGGGCUGGGGCCCGUGCUCAGCGACCGCCACCGGUGCCUGGCCCUGGAUGAGGCUGAGCCGGAGCCAGGGGCGGCCCCCGGGCUCUGCAAUGGCUCCGUGGACUCCACGGCGCUGCGGGGCCCUCCGCGGCAGUCCGAGCGGGUCGCCUUCGCCUACCUGAGCCCGCUGGUGCUGCGCAAGGAGCUCGAGAGCCUGCUGGAGAACGAGGGCAGCGAGUUCCUGGCGCAGCCUGAGCUGGUUGACAGCCACCCUAUCAUCUACUGGAACCUGGUCUGGUACUUCCAGCGCCUGGGGCUGCCCAGCAACCUGCCCCGGCUGCUGCUGGGCUCGCAGCACGUCGUGGCACCCCUGCAGGCUCAGCCCUCGGACACGCUGUCGGUGUGCGUGCGCCUGCUCUGGGACGUCCUCACCCCCGAGCCGGACAGCUGCCCCCCACUUUAUGUGCUCUGGCGGCUUCACAGUAACAUCCCCACCCGGCUGCAGUCCUGGCGCCACCACAACCACCCCUUCUCGCUGGCCUUCCUGGAGGCCGUGCUGAACCACGUGGGGCUGAGCGAGGUGCACAAGGCCAUCGCCCUUUUCCUCGAGACGCUGGCCACGCAGAGCAGCCCCCGGCACCUGCAGAGGAGCAUCUACCGGGAGAUCCUCUUCCUCACGCUGGCGGCACUGGGCCGGGACCACAUGGACAUUGCUGCCUUCGACAAGAAGUACAAGUCAGCCUACAACAAGCUGGCGGGAAGCCUGGGCAAAGAGGAGCUACGCCGGCGGCGGGCUCAGCCCCCCAGUUCCAAAGCCAUUGACUGCCGCAAGAGCUUCGGAGCCACCCUGGAGUGCUAGAGCCGGCCCUGUGCAGGGCAGGCAGUAGGAUUUGGCGCCACGCAGCAGCAGAGAGGGAGGCUCCCGCAUUCUGCGGUUUUGGGGCCGGGGGGAGCAGGGCCCUUUCUCCUCCCUGCCGCACUUUAGUUUUGCCUGGCUAUGAGGGAAGGCUCCGGCACCAGCCCGGGCACCUUUGCCCUCCCUGGGCCAGGCAAGGGGCAGCUCUCCCCGCUCCCAAGCUCUCGGCCCUGGCGGAGGAAGCUGCGGGGACGGGGGUGUCCCGGCCGCUCUCCCUGCACUGGCUGCGGUGGCACUUUGUCCAGCCGUGCGUGCGGCACAGACACUGGAACAGAGGGGCCAAGCUGGUGGCUGCUGUCUGCUUGGCUCCUCUAUUCAGCACCCAGUUCUGCUAUAGCAGGGGAUGGCUGGGGUCACGAAGGUCUUUUUUUAUGUCAGUGUUAAUAUAUUUUUAUUUAUUUAUUUUCCUGCUUCCCCCCCCCACCCCAGCCCCCUUUUCGCUUGUGCUGAGAGCUGGGAUGGAGCCAGGCAAUGAGUGGGCGCUCAGCCCCUGUCCUGGGAUGUCCCGGGGGUGUUUUGUCCUCCCGCACGGCUGUCCUGGGCCUGGGUGUCCGUCCUUCUCGCUGAGGCAUGAAGAAAUGCCCCAACCCAGUUGCCUUCCAUGCCCUUCUGCCCGCUUGCUCCCACACUGGAAACUUCCUCCCCCUGCUAGUGGCUGGGAAGGGGCAAUUUGGGGCCUCAGCGGGGAGGGGGGCCAGGGGCCGCCCCGGCGUUCACACUGUGCAAUAUGGAGCCCCCCUCGCCCCGGGGUUCAGCUGGGUUUGGUGGGUGUGUAAAUAAAGCCGCUUCAGUAUUUUCUC